AUGCAGUUUCGGUGGACCAUUAUUAUGAGCUUAUUCGUAGUAUCGGCUAUUCUGUCGCCCACCGAGUGCAAGACUCCCAGCAAUGACCCAGCCAUGCUCCAGCGGUGGAAUCGCGCUCUGCAGGCCAUCAACGAUGCUGAGCGCCAGCGUCAAGAAGACAAGGUCCAUCCCAAUCCUGGCCCAGAGGUCGGAGUCCGGCUGCAGAGACCCAACGACAAACGAAUGAGAUGGCGCAGCAAUAGCAAGCAGCUCCGAUGGCGGCCCGGGAAGGACCUCGAAGAUGAGGGGCAAUCAGGACGUGCUGCCGCCUCGUACACCUCCACAAUUAAUAUGAAUGCUCCGAAUCCGUCCUAUCUGGAUGUCGCUGAUUAUGUACGAUCUGAAGCGCCUUGGUGGUUCAACUGA